AAACAGUGUUGCAACUAAGCUCAGUCUACUUUAUGACUCUGCUACGCGAUGAGUCAAAACAGAACUCGGGCCAGACAGCUUGUGGUCAUUAAUCCUGCCCUGUGGCUACUCGGUUCAAUAGUUACAACCGCUGGACAUCUCUAGAGGAACGCGACAGGCCGGCAGUCAUGGUCACAGCAGCUGAGUAUGGCAACACGUCCUGGGAGCUGGCGGUGAAGGUGGACCAGAAGGAAGGCGAGGAGUCCAUGAGGUUCAAGCUGCGCAUCAAGGGCGACCUCCACGUGGGCGGCCUCAUGCUCAAACUGGUGGAGAAGAUCAAGACGCAACAGGACUGGUCGGACCACGCCCUAUGGUGGGGUCAGAGGAACAUGUGGGUCCUGAAGACCCACUGGACCCUGGACAAGUACGGCAUUCAGUCGGACGCGGACCUGUGCUACACGCCGCAGCACAAGCCUCUGCUCCUCCAGCUGCCCAACAUGAAGACUGUCAAGAUGACGGUCAGCUACUCCAAUGUGGUGUUCAAGGCGGUGGCCGAGAUCUGCCGCGUACUCAACAUCAGAAGACCUGAGGAAGUGUCGCUACUCAAACACACCGAGGACUGCAAGAAGAAGAAGAAGAAGGAGAAGAAUGCCUUCUUGGAUGAGGUCUUGGACAUGGAUGACCUCAAUUUAAAUACAGUAGCGUCAGGAAGCCCCGCCCACAGCAAGACCAUGGUGGCGACCUAUGACCCAGAGAACGGCAUGCCCCUAACCGCCACCAGCCUUUGGUUUGGGGACAACCCCUUCACCGCCAGCCAGCCUAAUCUCCCGCCUGCAGAUCUGGCCAAAAUGUACCAGGCCCUGUCACUGGAGGACAAAACGACCAUCAACGCAGGGUGGCUGGACUCCUCCCGCUCCUUGAUGGAGCAAGGCAUCCAGGAAGACGAUAAGCUGUUGUUACGUUUCAAAUACCACGUCUUCUUCGACCUCAAUCCCAAGUAUGAUGCGGUGAGGAUCACCCAGCUAUAUGAGCAGGCCCGCUGGUGCAUUCUGCUGGAGGAGAUCGACUGCACUGACGAGGAAAUGCUCAUGUUCGCUUCGCUCCAGUACCACAUUUGCAAGCUGACGACGUCAAGCGAACCGCUGGACUUCUCCAACGAGCCGGAGAUCGACGAGGUGGAGGCCGCCCUGUCCAACCUGGAGGUGACGCUGGAAGGCGGGAACACGGAUCGCCUCCUGGAAGACAUUACUGACAUUCCAGAGCUGGCUGAUUCCCUGCGGCUGUUCAGGCCGAGGAAACUGUCACUGCGACCGUACAAGGAGUACUGGUUUGUGUUCAAGGACACCAGCAUCUCCUACUACAAGAACAAGGAGUCUUCGAUGGGGGAACCCAUAGAGCAGCUCCACCUCAGAGGUUGUGAGGUGGUCCCUGAUGUCAACGUGACAGACAAGAAGUUUGGCAUCAAGCUCCUGCUCCCAGUGGCUGAUGGGAUGAACGAGGUUUACAUCCGAUGUGACAAUGAAGUACAGUAUUCCAAGUGGAAAGCUGCGUGUGUUUUGGCCUCCAAGGGGAAAACCAUGGCGUACAGCUCCUACAGGUCAGAGGUCAAGAAGAUCCAGUCCUUCCUGCAGAUGAAGAGCCUAGCGCCCUCUCCUGGCCAGUCGGCGUCCAAUGUGGAGGCCAUGGACAUGGUCGCAGAGUGCUUCGUCUCACCGCGCUACGCCAAGAAACACAAGUCUAAGCAGCUGACGGGACGUAUACAGGAGGCUCACCAGCACGUGGCCCGGCUGUCCCUGAUGGAGGCCAAGAUGCGCUUCAUCCAGGCCUGGCAGUCGCUGCCAGAGUUUGGGAUCAAGUAUUACAUUGUUAGAUUCCGCGGGAGUAAGAAGGAUGAGAUCCUGGGCAUCUCCUAUAACCGGAUGAUCCGCAUCGACAUGUCGUCCAGCCUGCCCGUCACCACCUGGCGGUUUGCCAACAUGAAGCAGUGGAACGUCAACUGGGAGAUCAGACAGGUGGCCAUUGAGUUUGACCAGAACGUGUCGAUAGCCUUCUCCUGUGUGAGCUGUGACUGCAAGGUGGUCCAUGAGUUCAUCGGGGGAUACAUCUUCCUCUCGACGCGAUCGAAAGACCAGAACGAGACUUUAGAUGAAGAACUGUUUCACAAACUCACCGGGGGCCAGGAAUAAGACACAAACAGAGAGCCACUAUUCCCCUUAUCGAUUUUGAUGUUUCCUCUUUGCUUCAAGUGUUCAUUGUUUCAACACACAGGGGGACGGGGAGAGACCAGGGAAAUUGUGGCUCAGCAAGAUCAAAUAAUUUCCCGGUUCACAACAAUUUAUUUGGCCCAGGGUGAAAAUCAAUGUUUUCAUUACAAAGCAUAUUUUCUGUAAAAAAAAUCUGUAAUUAUUCUUGAAGGCAUCAUAAGUUAAAGAUACCUUCAUUGUAGUCAACAAGUAAACUCAGAAAACGACACACACAGGCAAUUGACUUAUACAGUUAUUCUUAAAAUUAGUUUUUUUCUGUGCUACUUUGAUGGCAUGUUGUUGACUAAAACGAUUUGCCCAUUCAUCCAAUCUCCAUUUUGAGGUCUUCCUGGGCUGUGGGCCAAGGACCUGUUUAGCAGAUUGUGGUGAUAGGUAUUCAACUAAUGAGGCUCAACUGAUGAUGUCUUUCUUUGUGGUGAUUCAGCAGAAAAAGCGGCUGUACCUUAGAACGCUAUUUGUGGUGUGGUGCUAUUUCUACUUCGACGUCCUGCUGUUAGACUACGUUUCUAAGUGAAAGUGCUACUUUAACCUUUUGUUCACUUUUAUUGUGCCUAUAUGUUGCAUUGGAAACGUAUACCUAUUGAUUAGUGGACUAUGAGUAAAUAGACAUUUUGUACAUCACAAACAUCAAGUAGGCAAACAAGUCUUAUUUUUUUAUUUUAUUUUUUUUAAGAGAUGGAGAAAACAGACUUUCCUGACAGUGUCCACAGAGAGGAUGCUGAAAUGUUUUGUUGUAAAUAUCAGAUCAUACAAUUGAGAGAGAUCUUUUUGUAAUGCAAUAAACAGUGGUUUAACAUG